AUGUUUCGGCAUACUUUACUACGUCUUCAACGGCUGCGAGCCGUCGCCCAAAGUGUGUCGUCUCCUCAAACGAGCCUUCGGCAAGCCUCCGCUUGGAUAAACCCGAUGCUUUCGAACUUGGACGCCAAGGUGGCUGAGGAAGUGGAUGCUGAGCGUCUCUUCACAACCCCUCAGGUUCAUGAACUGUUACAGAAGAUUACCGGUGUCGACUUGGAGAAUAAAGUCUUCCGAUCUCGAAGGAUCUCAAAUCAACAACGUCGCUCGCAUUUUGCUUUGAUGACCGAUGAGCGGCUCGAGAACACCAUUGAGCGGAUGAAGGAUGAGGCCCAGCUAUUUCUACAGUUUGUUCCGCUGAAGGAGCCUCGUGAGAUCAAGACCGAAUUGCUGGCGCACGACGAAGAGAUUGCGGGCUUUGACUCGUCAAGAUUCGUCUUCACCGAUAUCUCUUUCGACGCCACCGACCAGAAUCGAACCGUGGUGGUUAGAGAAAUCGACGGAAAACUGCGCACAGCGACCCCUGAAGAACACGACAGGAUGAAUAGGACCUAUUACAACAAGCAGAAUCGACCCGUCGUUGAUCCAGCUGUCUUUUCCGAUCCAUGGCUGGACAGUGCCUUGGCCAGGGACGAGCACGAAUUUGUGAUGGAUUGGGCCUGUCUGUAUUAUGAGGCCGACGAUCCGAAAUUUGUGGAGACGACGAAGGUCGUUUUCGAUCGAACGAUUGCUGCCAACAAAUUCGACGUCUUCUAUUCCACGCGCCAUUUUGGAACACUCGUGUUCUACAUGGCUUUGAACAACAAUCUGCCUCCGCUGCUGAACUAUUUUGCCGGGCACGGAGAGCUGCGAGAAUGUGCGCUGCUAGUUCGACUCCAGAAGACGCUGUACCCGGAGUGGAGGACGGCUAUCGGCACCAAUGAUACGGAUUUGAAGAUCGUCCAGGAUUUCGUGAAGCAGAACCCGCGUUUCAAGCCGAAGCUCACCGAUCUCACAAAGUUUUUGGCACAAGGCGGACAAAAGCCCUUCAAACACGCGGUGGCCCCCAACGAGCUGAAAUCGCAAGUGGGCGCUCGCCUGCUCGCUUCAGAGAAGAAUAUCGACGUCUCUCGAACGGAGCUGGCAAAAAUUUGCCGCGAGUGUGAGGAGCAGGAACAUGCGUUGGCGAAUCUUGGCGACGUCGAUACUGCUGUACAUCGCGUGCUCGGAUCGCUCGAAGAUCAUAUAAAAACGCUGCGCAUGAGCGAAAACUCUCUGACAGUGAACCAAACGAUCCUGCAAUACGAAGCCGCCAAGACGCGUGCUACAACAUUACUAAAGUGCAUUUCGGCUGGUCGGCAGUACGAGAAAGCCUGGGAAUCGCUGAAAGAAGUCUCAAAGGAGGAUCAAGCUACGAUGCUCGGCACGUUGCAGGAACUGCAAAGCAGCAUAGAUGUGAUCAGAAAUCUCGUUCCCACGGCCGCUAUGAACGUCAAGGAUUUGGAAGAUCAGAAGGAUGCCUUCCUCGCGUGGCAAUCGACCGCCUUCUUCUUAGCUCUUCAGCAGGGCGAUACGGCAAAGAUUGCAGAGAUCCAUAGCACAUAUGCUAGCUUGGAUCGAAAGAAAGAGUUUGUCGCCAUCUUCUCGAAGGGUGUCUCAAACCGUUUCGCCAACGCCAAUUUUGCGCGCACCUCGGCCAGCCGUUUCUUGGAAUGCGUGAAGCACGAGAUCGAGAAUCAAAUGUACAUCUUCUUCGGAGAGAAGUCCGGCGCGAAGCGUGAAUUUUUGGAUUCGGACGAGUGCAUUUUGCUAGUGAAGGCCGCGAUGAAGAAAGCCUUGGCAGAAUAUGGGUUCAAGGCUGUCGUCACGGAAAUACUGCAUGCCGAAAACGAUCCACUGGCUUAUAUUUAUGAUUUGGAAAAGAGCGUACCCGCUGUUACGAAUGCUCUUCCGGAUACGUUUACCGAAGACAUGCGGGAAAUGGCAAAUGAGCUGUUGUUGUAUAUGAGAGAUACGUUUUUGGACAGCGCUGUGGAUCCGUUAACGUCGGCUCUAAUCAAGCAUGUGCAAUCUAAAGUUGACGCAAUGGAUUUGGUUACCGGAUCCCAUCGCACAAGGAUUGCGGCAUUCUCCUCAGCCUGCCAUGACAUUAUUCACCUGUUCGACAACUCAUUAACUAGAUUACCAAAGUUCUUUGAGCCGGCUACGAUCAAGCAAUUACUCCAAAGACCUGUUACGACCGCCGUCGACGCGAUUAUCAACAAGGCCAAGAACUGGAAUUUCGCCAGGGACAGCCAGGGCAAGACGAGGCCGAUUGACGACCUUAUCAAGGUAAAUUCAGCCGCCGGGCAGUUGAUCGCGGGCUUGUCACGGCUGAAGAUAUCGGCUGAAAAAUUGGAGAUUGAUGGUAUGAUCUUUCGGGCGUGGAAUAGUCGUGUCUGUGAUGCUACGCUCAAAAAUGUCGCCACGGCGAUGUCCGGCGAGGUGCAGCGAGGUGUCGCAGAAGUGAAGGAAAAGCUGCAUAGUGGAAUACGCAAAGGCGUGGAACUGCCCUCAUACGCCAUGAUGCCUUCCGAGUAUAUCACCAAGAUCGCACAAGAGGUGCUUCAAAGCUUCCACAAGUUUGAAGUGUUUUUCGCUGACGACAACAUAACCCAUUCUUUCGCGAUGUGGACAGAUGUCUCUGAGGAGCGUGAAGAAGACUUGCUGAUGAAGGUGAUGCGAGACCUGUGUGCCGUCAUCGUUCGAAGCUUCAUCGAGACGCUGGGUGAUGUCUCUGCCUUGCCCCCGGUACCCGCGAAGCAACUAUUCUGUGAUGCCGGUUACUUUCGAGAUGCCCUACAAGAUCUACGGAUACCAGCUCCUGCCUUGGAUGAAGUCAUCACAAAACUCACGCCCACA